UUCAUCUUGAUUUAAGAGAGAGAUAACACCCUCGAUAGAACUGUGACAAAGGGUAGAUAGGCAGUGCGAGAAGAGAUAGUGAGGGAGUAUAGACGCCAGCAAAGGAGAAGACAGGAGAGGGAUGAGGCAGAGGAGGGACUGUGCCUUUAAAGCACCAAGCCCCUCCUCCACAGAGCAGAGCAGCACAGCCGAGUGGUGCUGGCAGGAGCCUGAGCCCCACAAUAAACUCUGGCGUCAGCUUCCCUUCAUCCGGCAGUCAGCGAGGACACAGUGAGGGCGCAGGGGCAGAGAGACGGGGAAAGAGCAAGAGGGACAGUAGAGGUGACAGGGACGAAAAAAAGGGGGGCAGAUAGACAGAGAGGAGAAGCUGUCAUACGAAUCACACAGCUCCUUUUGCACUGCUCUGCACACAGAUGCUCAGCCGUUCUGUCCGCUGCCUCCCAAUGCAGACAGCACUGAUGGGGAUGACGGGUGGCUUGUUUUCAGCAGCACAGUUCACUGAGUGAUAGUAGCAGCCGCAGCAUCAGAAUCCAAAGCAGGAGCUCUCCUUGCCACUCUGGCUCUUAGUCAUCUGCAGCCUCCUCUUCCUUCUCAGACUGCUAUCAGGGCCAUUCAUCGCUCCCAUCUCAUGCCUCCUGCCUCCUCCUCCUCCUCCUCCUCCUCCGCCAACACAGCUUCAUCCUCCACUUCUACUCCUCCUAUGAUGAGCCACAGCCUCAGAGUGAAAUAACCCUGCUGAUAGAAGCUUCUCUCUGUCAAGACAGCUGCUGUGAGAGAGGAAAAAGAGGGACAAACAGAAACGAAGGAGGGAUGAGACAUUACAGAAUAAGUGAUUGCUUUCCUUUCCGUCUGUCCAGGUGCCAUGUGUGAUUGGCCAGCACACCCUGUGGCAGUGGCAUUGCCCUGGAUUUGGUGAGAAGCUCUCCCCCCCCGCUUGUUCUCUGGGGCUCCUCUGGGAAGAUUUCAUGGGAUUUAUCUCAUCCUACUAGAUGGCACAGCGCUUUCUGCCUCUCUGAAAAGAGUCCACAGAGAAAACAUACCCUACACGGAGAAGAAGUAAAAUAAUUAUCCAAUCACAGCACAAGGAGGCAGACCGGGUUCCCUUAGCAACAACUGAAGGAGAGAAGAGAAUCCUUUUCUCUUUUUGCUCCCUUGGUUUUUUGGGCACACCCCUUUGGACUGCUGUGGGUCAGUGUUUAUGAGGGACUUGAAGAGCAGUGUUGCAUAAGACAAGGUGCCACCCGAAUUCCAGCUGAAGGUGCUCAUUUGCGUUCCAGCCCCUUGGUACGGUGUCUCAUGGACAUCAUGAUUUUUUUGCCAUCCCUCCAAAAAUUCUCAUCACAAGUCACAUUCUACUGGGUUCGAAAUCUAUUCAUUCUGCUCCCACGUCACCUGGAAUAAGCCCUGCUUUGGGGGACGAUUGGACGUUCUAUGAAAAGACCCACACCGUCCACCUACCUUCCUUUCUUUCAUGGACUAGAAAUGAAGGACAAAAUGAUGAAGUCAUCAUCUUCAAAGCAAAUGGAGGAAAAGCUAAGUUUAUUUUGAUGUGAGUUUUUCUCGUGAGGCUUUUAAUUUUUCCAAACCCGAAGAGAAAACAGUCCACACGCAGGAAUAUCCAUUUUUGCCACACAGGAUCUGUCCUUUUCCUCUUGCAAGACAUUAGCCCUAACUGAGGUACUAUAUUUAGACGCCAAAUCUCUUCUGGCCACCAACAAUGUAGAACACGAUUAUUUUGAAAAUUGAGCCAGUGCUUGGAGUUCUAUUUUUCUAUGUAUAUCGGAUAGCUUACUCUGUAGGGUCAAUAUGAGCCCGUUUUCUCCUUUCACUUUUGUAUGUUAACCGGCCAUUAUGUCACUGUGUCUAACAGGUAAAAAAGAUUGUACAGGGCAAGUGGAAGAGGGAAUGAGUCUAUUCCCCGUAUAGACAGGAGUUUUUAAAUAGCCUCUCCUGGGGAACAAUUUCAAAUGUACACACUGACACAUGAGAUGAGUUGGCUGAUCACGAUUAUGUAAGAGUUUCAUACCAGCUUUAGUCCAUGUAUUUUGCCACUUUCCUUUCCAUGGAUUUACCGUGUUCGACUUUUCCCAUGUUCAUUUUCUCUUCACUUUUGGAAGCGUCUAUCAGAAGGCAUGGAUGUCAGAGUGUGACCCUGUACCGAGUGUGCGGGCCAGGCAAGGUGUUUUGGCUGCCCAGGUGCUUUUAAGAUGUUGAGGUCUCCCUGCGUGGCCGGGGCCCCUGUUCGGAUCAGUAGCACUGAGGCUCCUUGUAGCCAAAGACAUGGACCCCGACUCGGCUCCCCCACGCCCUCAGCCUGUUGGCCAUUGGCCCCACGUCGCCCUGUAAAGGAUGUCCCUCAGCAGAGCUCCGGCCCGGGACACCUCUGAGACCCCCAGCCCGAGAGAACGCAUCCGCAGCCACAUGAAGAUGGUGAUCGACCAGCUAGAAGGCAUUCUCAAAGAGCUCAAGGAUGUGGCCAAGGAACUCCGGGAGGUGGUGGGUCAGAUUGAUAAACUAACGUCAGACUUCGAUUUUGACCUGGAGCCAGAUGAUUGGACGGUGGCCACAGCCAGCAGCACGUCCAGCAGUGAGAGGGGUCUGGGAGAGGCCUUCAGGCUGGACUUCCUCAAUGCAGAUGUGCUUUCUGAUAGCUGGGAGUUCUGCAGCUACUUGGAGGCAGCUGGAGUCGCUGCUCGCAGACCUGGUGAGCAACCAGGAGAUUCAAGACCAGAGCUGGGCCGUGGGACAAUCCCCACACAGACGCAGACCCCCACCCCGCCCCCCACCACUGCCUCAGUCUACUCCCAGAUGAACGGCGGGCUGCCCAUCCCCAACGGGCCCCGCAUUAUUACUCCAGAUUCAUCCAGCGAGGAGGCCAGCAGCUCCACGCACAGCCACAAAACUUCCCGUACCUCCGGCACAAGAGAAAGGGUUCGAUUUAGUGACAAAAUUCUGUACCAUGCGUUGUGCUGUGAUGAUGACGAAGAGGAGGAGGAGCAAGAGGAGUUACAGGAGGACAAGAGUGGCUGUGCUACCCCAGACAGCGACAGCGAGCCCAGUCUCCUGGCCAGCUCGGUCGCCCCCAAACGUUCUUCCUCUGAGCACUCACUCCUCCAUAACUGUCUGGACCCUUCGUAUGUGUCCUCCCCAGUGAAAGGAACGACAGGAGCUCACACACUACCCAGGAAAGGUCUCUUAAACCCCAGCUGCCGCAAAAAACUGUUACGAAAUAGCAGCACACAAACUGUCUCUGACAAGAGCACCCAAACUGUACUGCCCUAUAUUCCAACCAAACAGAAAACAAAGGACCACUGAGAAAGCCCUAACUUUAUCAUAAAUUUCAUGAAGAGAACUGUGCAUUAUUUAAUAUUAAAUACAUAGCUCAUAGAUUAAUACACAAAUAAAUUAAUUACUAAAUAAAUAAAUGAUAUAUGGGAAAUCACUCGACUACCUAAAGUCAUUCUAAGGCUCAGGGAAAACACAACGAAAUAAAGCAAAGCCGAUUAUGUUAUGGUGAAUGUUACUGGUGGACCAAAAGGUUAGUGCCUGUUCUAAUGUUAGAAUUAGUUCCCUGAAUGGAUUCCCUGUGUAUAAUCAUUUGAAAGUAUAUCGGAUUGCAAAAGCAAUCAUUUUUACAAGAAAAUUGGAAAAUAUGAAAAUGAGACGGGAUCCUUUCCCUCCUGAUAAAAUAGUACAAGUCACAAAAAAAGAGCAUAUGCUUGUUCCUAUAAUGUGAAUACAAAACGGUGCACAUUCUGUACUCUGAUUCUGUAUAAACAUUGUCUUUUUUCAUGUUCCAGUUAUUUCAAAUGUCAAGGGAAUUAUUGCUUUCAGUGGGGAAAUGUAUCUAGAUGCACAUGUCAAGCCUCUUCCUCUCUUUGAUGUCAACAAACAACUUUGAGCUUAGAGCUGGAAACAAACAGUAUUUACCUCCUCUUGAUUUUAUAAAUAACCUUAGUGUGAUCUCUUCUUAAUCUGUGGUGGAGGUUGAAAUAUGAAGUGGCAGUAAAAAAAACAAACAAAAAACCCCCAAAAAAGAUAGAUAGAUGCAAGUCCAGAAUGUGCUGUCCACAAAGUGACAUUUACUAUUUUUUUCUGGCUUCAUACCUCCUUGUGACGUCAUUAGAUUAGCAGUCCACAAAAACUGCUAUAGGUUUUGUCUCUCCAUUCAGUUUCCCAGUGGGGAAUUGAACUCCGUAGAGCAGCACUUUAUUCACAGUGCUAACGCCAAUAGCCAUUCCUGAUCAAUAUGUUAGAGGGAGGUUGCAGUGAGAGGCCUCUCUGCUGAGCAUGCAUGCCAUUCUCCUGGGAUCUGUGAACAAAAACUCACAGUCAGACCUAUUUACUUACACUGAGUGGAACAAAAAAUUAGAAAUGUGGCCCUAAAGAAAUGACAUUUCAAAAAUGUGUGUCCAAGAGCGAGAGCUGAUGGUGGAAACAGAGAAUGUCCCUGUUCAAAGAUUUCUUUUACUAAGCAAUAAUCCACCCUGGGGAUUGGCUUUGUGAGCCUCGUCCCCUGGUCCCUUUGCCCUUACUUUCCUAAUGUUAUGUUUUCUGGUUUGAAAAAAAGACAACAAAGUAAAAUGCCAUAGUCUUCAAGGGGAAAAUUCUGGCUGUGAAGCUGACCUUUGUGCCUCUGAUCACCUAAUGUGGACCUAACCUUGCACAGUAGAUGGCUGAUGGAUGUUAUUUCUGUGGUGAAAGAUUCUCUUCCACACUGAAGUACUCAAAUAACAGAUUCGAUGCUUUCAUGUUUUUGUAAGGGAGUUUUAUGAAUGAUGCAGGUAACUGAGCACAGAUUGAAACACUGUAAAAUAUUAAUGUAAUCAAGCCAUCUUGUAAUUGGGCUUUUCACUGCUGUAUUUUUUCAUCUUAGAGAAACAAACAAGUAUUUUCCUAUUCCUAAGAUGUCAUAUUCAUAAUGUACAUUCAUAUAUAGUACUAAUACUUGACAACUUCAAAAAAGUAGUUGCUAUUUUUAAUAUCAUUUACAUCCAACUAUAGAUAGAUAAACUAACAGCCAAUUGAACUGAACAAACACAGCAAUUUAUUGUUGAAAAUGUAGCAUAAUAUUGCUCAAAUAAUUACUAAAUCACACAGGUGAAAAAGUGAUAUUAAAUGCCCGUGUUGGUACUGAAUGAAGAUGGGAUAUUAUGUUUUUCCCACUUCUGUAAAAUUUCCCAGACAUCAAAUGUGCCCAACUCUGGUCAUUAACACUGUAGAUUAUUUAGCUGAUCCAUAACCGUCCACCACUUUGUUUUUGUUUGUGUGUUCACAUAUAAUAGUUAUUACAUAGCACACAGCUUAGGGGAAUUAGAGCAGAGUUGUUAAGGCAGCACUAAGCCUCAGGAGCCCGAUAUAAGGGAAGCAGAGUGAGCACUUUUACUCCACCAGAAUGGUAGAAACCACACAAGCAUCAAUUAGCCUGAAGCUGAUGUGUUACACAUGCAUAUAGUCAUUUUUCUGAAUUCAAUAUUUCUUCAGUGGUAACAUUUUCUUUUGUCUUGUUCUUGCUCAGUAAAUCCCAAGUACCUGUGUCGAAAAAAAAGCACCGAGGAGAGAUCAGUGGCUUACUCCCUACAGCACUGACUGCCAUUUCCCUGCUAGACUGGGGCCCAACAGGUCAUCUCAUCCAUUAGCAUAAACAAACAAAGCUAUACCGCCACACAGGCAAAGCAUCAACUACAGGGAAACAACCAUACCCUUAUUGUGAAGCCUGUACACCGCCAGAUAUUGCAAUGGGAGAGGGACUUUUUUUUUUUUUUUCUUUUCCAUUCCUUCAGAGCCUAAAGAUUUUAUACAUCAUAUCUGUAAUGAAAUCAACUUUUCAAAUAUAGAGCUGUUUGGCACCGGAGCAGAAUACAUUAUCAUUGGGGGCAGAUUUGAGAUAUUUGGACAAAACAUUAGCGACGUCUCUUUUGCCAACAGGCUCAUUAUUCAUCUCUAAUAGGGCAGAGCUUUGUCCUCGGUUCUCUGUAGGACAAGGAUGGGAGGCAUCCAAAGGUUAUGAAAACCUGAGCACACUGAUGCCAAAUCAUCUGCCUACCAGGAAGACCAUUCUGUGUUGCCACUGCAUACAAAACAGAUGUUUUGUGUUUGUGUAUAUGUGCUUAUGUGUGUGUCCUCUCAUGUCUGUAUAUUCACUGCCUUUGUGCCCACACAUUGCGUGAGGAGAUAUGAGAUAUUUUCUGAAUUAUGUAUUGCCUUGUGUUUAAUUUCAUAUUUCAGUGUCACAGCAAUUAAUGGAGAUCAAUACAAACAGCGGCCACACA